GGAAGAUUUCUGCACACACAACUGAAAACAAUAUUUACUUUUAUUGCUACUAUUCCUUUUAGUUCACGAUUUUCAAAAUGGAAGAUGAAUGGGAAGAGGAGGAGGAGGUUGUUGUGGUGGAGCUCUCUGGUAUAAUAAACAAUGACUUCAUGUCCAAGUGUCGGGGCACAUGCAAGAUACUGGAUAUCGACAGUGAGAAGCCCAUGAUGCAGGUGGGACCUUAUGUGUUUUCAGGGGAAUAUGAAGAUACUUUGGGAACGUGUGUGCUGUUUGAGGAGGGACCCCAGAAAAAAAAUGCAGACCGUGGUCCAGAGCUCAAGUACAUUUGUCACACCGUGAAAAAACUAAUGAUGCAACGAAUUUUCCUGGUUGAGAAGAAAGAGGGUGAAACCAGCACAGCAGGAAGUCGUGAUGGUGGUGAGCAGACGACCACAACAUGUCAGUCCAAUCAAGAAGAAAAUGCCAACCAACAGGGAGAGACAGCAGGUGGAAUGGACAACACAGAUUUGGAAGACCUAGCAGUGGGCUGAGAUAAAGAGCCGUUGCUAUAUUCUGACCUUCCAAAACGAGUGUACAGACACCAGGCUGUGAAAGACUCCGUGUCAUGAACAGACAAUUCUUAGACGGUUAGAUCCACAGUUCAGUAAAAAAUAAAAGUGUUUGUAUUGGUGUAAAAAGUUAUUUGCACAAUAUAAAUAUAGUUAAAUGAAUAUAGUUAAAACAUUUUUUUACAAAUCUUCACGUGAAUACAUAUAUAUAUAUAUAUAUAUAUGUGUGUGUGCGCGUGUUUGUGUGUGUAUGUGUGUAUAUAUAUAUUCCUUUUUCUCUACACAGUAGGGGUCUUGGGAAAGGCAGUCACAGUCAAAUCUCAGUUUAGCAGCAGGAAGUCCUGUCAUUGUGAUUUUUCCACUUAUCACAAUGAAUGUCUAACCAGCAGUGGAAGGGAUAUUUGCUUGAACUGCAAAGUUAGAGUUUGCCAUUUAUACAUUCAAAGAAGUGAGAAAAAUACGUAAUACCUAUUUUUCUGAAUUAUGAUAAAUAUGUCAAAUCUGCACGACUGUGACUGAAUGAGUGUUAAAGCCAACAGAAAUAAAAGCUUUUUAUGUUGUGA